CUGUGGCAAUGGGAACCAGAAGAUUCCGUCAUCCUGGAUACCAAAGCCAUCGGGGUGGACACCAUCCCCGACUUCCAAGGCGGCGACAAGGACAAGGUCACGCCUGAGACAUUCGUGAGAGCCGUCAACAUGCACCAGACGAUGCGCAAGCUCUCCGACACGCAAGCCGCGAGGAUGGCGCUGUGCCGCCUUCAAAAAGGCGUCGCCGGCGAAUGGACGACCAACCUCGCGCACGAUGGCAGCCCCGCACUGCACAACUGGCCGCUGCUGCGCCAAAAAUUUAACAAACGCUUCCGGCCAGGACCGACCUACUCUGCGAAAGCAGAGGCGCUGAGAAGUAUCGAUCAAGGCGACAUGUCCCCCAACGACUUCUGGGACAGGACUGGCACGAUUUUUAAUCAAACGUGCGACACCUUGAUCGACCUGCAGGACUCCCAGGGACGAAUUCAGUAUCAGGACUGCAGGGAGUACCUCAGAACGCUCUUUUUCGUCAUCGGGCUACAAAAAGAGAUCUGCGAUGUGGUCAUCCACGCUGGCGCCACCACUCCGGACGAGCUUCUGGAAGCGGCCAACCACGCAUGGAUCACCAAACAAAAGUCCAAGAAACUGGAAGUCGCGACGGCAGGUGUCGCCGCCAUCCAGAUCGACGACACUGGACAAGACGACGACAUCAACGUCAACAGUGUCCAGUUCCGCGGACGCGGCCAGAGAGGAGGCCGCAACCAGCGCAACUUCAGAGGAGGGCGCUCGGGUUUUGGGUCGCGCGGCGGCAACAACUCUGCUCCUCCACCACAACCCAACUCCUCCUCCUUCUCCUCCUCCUCCUCCUUUCCCGCCUACACGUGCUCGUUCUGCACUCGUAAAGGCCACCAAGAGCAUGAGUGUCGUACCAAGCAGAGUAUGAUGCGAGAAGCCGCGACCCGGGCCCAACAACGUGGAGGACGAGGACAACGCCGCGGCUACCAAGGUUACCGCGGAGGACAGCAAAUGUUCCAGCAAGGGUACGGCUUCCAGGGUCAAAUGCAGUACCAGCAGCAACAACAUCAAGCCACAUCUACAAACGCCAUUGAAACCCAGCCUACGGGGGGUCCCAGCAUUAUUGAGGCGCUGGAGCCUACUUUUACUCAUUCGCCAUGGAAAUAA